AGCGCAGGAUGCGGCGCCCUCACGGCCUCCCGGGCUGCGCUAAGGGCCCGCCGGCAUGAGGAGGUCUGUCGAAGAUGCACUGGUCACCAGAGCAUGCCCAGUCCCUGAACCAGUGGCCGGAGCAGCACCUGGACGUCUCCUCCACGACCUCCUCGCCGGCCCACAAGACCGAGCUGUACCCCAGCGCCCGCCAGCGCUUCAACUACGCCUGGGCCAACGACGACAUCUCGGCGCUGACGGCCUCCAACCUGCUCAAGAGGUACGCCGAGAAGUACUCGGGGGUGCUGGACGCGCCCUACGAGCGCCCGGCCCUCGGCGCCUACGGGGAUGGCGCCUUCGGCCCCGUUAACGGGCAGAAGGGCGACGGGGAGCCCUGGCCGGGGGCGCACGGCUCGGAUGGCACCUACCCGCUGACGCCCAUCCACGACGGCCUGGCCGGUGCCAAGGGCGUGGUGCCGCCCGCAGUCCCUGCCGGCAGCGGGGCCAUCGGGCUGGGGGGCUCCCCGGUGGUGUCGGCGAACCUCAGCGACCCCGUGUACCCCGGGAACUCCUGUGGGGCGGCUGCUGCCGGCUCCGGGGCGCUCGGGGCGUCCCAGGAGUACCCCUCAGGCUAUGGGGGCACCUACUUGCCCUCCGGCUACUGUGCCCAGCCAGCGGCAGCGCUGCCCCCGCCGCACCCUCCCGGCCUCCACAGCUCAGGGCUCCUGCAGCCUCCGCACCCCUCGCCCGCCCUGGUGCCCGGCUACGGCUCCUCGGGCCCCAUGUACAACUAUGCCAGCAGCAGCUACCCGCCCCAGCCGGGCUACGGGGGCAUCCACCCGCCCCACCCCUCCGCCUCCUACCUGCCCUCGGGCAUCGCCGCGCCCACCCCCAUCCCGGCCCCGCCGCCCUCCGCCCGCCCGCCGGGGGUCCCUGCCUAUGGCUACCAGGGCGCUGGGCUGGGCGCCCUGGCCGUGCCGCCCCUGGGCACCGAGGCGGCGGGCACGCUGAAGAGGAAGGCGUUCGACAUCGGCGGGGAGGACGACGGCGAGGGCAGGUACAGGAAAUACAGCUACGAGCAGCCAAAGUCCCCCUACCCCCUGUCGGACAACGGCGAGUGCCGGGGCAACGGCUUCGGCAGCAGCGGCGAGUCCCCCCAGGUGCCCUUCAAGCCCGGGAAGCGGCCGGCGGGAGCUGGGAGCGCCGAAGAGCACAAGUACGGCGGGCAGCAGAUGAAGGGGAUGGUGUCACCAUCCUACGGUGCCAGGGACACCCCCCUGCGGCCGGCAGAGCCCUUCGAGAAGUUCAGCCCCCCCCUCGCCAACGGGGAGCGGGCGGCCGAGCCGGGACCCCCCUUCCCGCUGCGGCCGCCCCCCAAAGCGCUGGUGUUCGGCGGUUCCCCGCUGGAGGAGCAGCCCAAGAACAUCGACCCGCUGCUCCUGGAGCUGGUCAACACCAAGGUGGUGGAGCGGGGCCCGCCGGUGCAGUGGUCGGACGUUGCCGGGCAGGUGUCGGUGAAGGCGGCCAUCGAGGAGGAGCUGCUGUGGCCCAUCCUGCGGCCCGGCUCCUACAGCGGCGCCAGCCACCCGCUGCGCACCCUGCUGCUCUUCGGGCCCCGCGGCACCGGCAAGGCGCUGCUGAGCCGCUGCAUCUCCACGCAGCUGGGCUCCACCCUGCUGCGGCUCAGCGGCGCCGCACUGCUGUCCACCUGGAAGGCCGAGGCCGAGAAGAUCCUCCAGACCGUGUUCUUCGUGGCCAGCUGCCGGCAGCCCUCCGUGGUGCUCAUCACCGAGGCCGAGUCCCUGCUGGCGGCGCGGGCGGGCGAGGACGGCGGCCAAGCGAGCAACCUCAAAUCCCAGCUGCUCUCCUACCUGGACAACGUGGCUACCUCAUCGGAGCACGGCGUGGUGGUCAUCGGCACCACGGCGCGGCCCGGCAGCAUGGACGAGGCGUCGCACCGGCGCUUCGGCACGCGGCUCUACGUGGCGCCGCCGGACGGCGAGGCGCGGCGCCACAUCCUGCGCCAGGCGCUGGCGCGGCAGAGCUGCUGCCUGAGCGAGCGCGAGCUGGCGGCCCUGGCGCAGCGCACCGAGAGCUUCUCGGGCGCCGAGCUGCUGCGGCUGUGCCAGCACGCCGGGGCCGCCGCGCGCCGCGCCGCGCCGGGGCCCCCGGCCUCCUACCAGGAGCUGGAGAAGGCCCUGUGCAAGGUGCGGCCUGCCCUGUCCCAGAAGGAGCUGGACUUGUUCCUCGAGUGGGAUAAGAUGUACGGCACCAGGCACUGAUGGAGUCGGACCCUGGGGCUGUGGGGAUGGACCCCAAAGCUGCAGGGACGGACCCCAAGGUCAGAUGGAUGCACCCCAAGGCCACGGGGUUGGACCCUGAGGCUGUGGGGACGGACCCCAAGGCCACAGGGACAGACACCAAAACUGCAGGGACAGACCUCAAGGCCACAGCAAUGGACCCCAAGGCCACAGGGACAGACCCCAAGGCUUCAAGGACAGACCCCAAGACCACAGGGAUGGACCCCAAAGCUGCAGGGGUGGACCCCAAGACCACAGGGAUGGACCCCAAGGCCACAGGGAUGGACCCCAAGGUCAGGGGGGCAGACCCUGAGGCCAUGGGGGCAGAUCCCAAAGCCAUGGGAUGGACCCCA